AUGAAAUACUUUUUGUUGCUAUCGUUGGGCGUCCUGCUCCUUUCAGGAUGGUCCCAUGCUCAAGAUGAGGGAAUUGGUGUUGGUACUGUUGAAGAAGUAACUGUAGACUCAGAUCUGGGUGCGUCCCGGGAAGGCUCACGAACAGAUGCGGAAGCGGUGCUCCGCGAAGAGGAAGCUAUCUCGCCAGACGGGUUGAGCGUGGCGCAGAUGCGGGAACUGCGUGAGCGCGCACAGAACUUCACCUUCCAGACCGAAGUUAACCGUAUGAUGAAGCUCAUCAUUAACUCUCUGUACAGGAAUAAAGAGAUAUUUUUGCGAGAGUUGAUUUCAAAUGGAUCGGAUGCGUUGGACAAGAUCCGUCUUCUGUCGCUAACUGACCGCAAUGUGUUGGAUGUGAACCCGGAUCUCAGCAUUCGCAUCAAAGCAGAUCCUGAGAAGCGACUACUGCACAUUAUAGAUUCUGGUGUGGGCAUGACGCGCAAUGAACUUGUCAACAAUCUCGGAACUAUUGCCAAGUCUGGUACUGCUGACUUCCUUUCCAAGAUGCAGGAUGCUGAGAAGACGAACGCGCAGGAAAUGAACGAUAUGAUCGGUCAGUUCGGCGUGGGGUUCUACUCGGCGUUCCUGGUGGCGGACAAGGUGACGGUGGUGUCGAAGCACAACAACGACUCGCAGCACGUGUGGGAGUCUGACGCCAGUUCGUUCAGCGUGGCUGAGGAUCCGCGCGGAGACACGCUCAAGCGAGGCACGCACAUCACGCUGCACAUGAAGGAAGAGGCGGCCGACUACCUGCAGCCGGACACGAUCCGAGCGCUGGUGAAGAAGUACUCGCAGUUCAUCAACUUCCCCAUCUACCUGUGGGCCUCUCGAACGGAGACUGUGGAGGAGCCCGAUCCGGACGACAAGGCAGAUGAUGUGGACACUGAUGAGGAUGCACAGGUUGAAGAUGCAACUGAAGAGAAGAGUGAGCCUAAGAAGACAGAGAAAACAGUUUGGGAUUGGGAGCUGAUGAACGACAACAAACCAAUCUGGACCCGUAAGCCGACUGAAGUAGCAGAUGAGGAGUACACCCAGUUCUACAAGAGCCUCACCAAGGACUCCUCAGCACCACUCGCUAGGGCGCACUUCGUGGCGGAAGGCGAGGUGACGUUCCGCGCGCUGCUGUUCGUGCCGCGUGUGCAGCCGGCCGACAGCUUCAACCGCUACGGCACCAAGACCGACCACAUCAAGCUCUACGUGCGCAGGGUCUUCAUCACCGACGAGUUCAACGACCUCAUGCCCAACUACCUCGCCUUCAUACAGGGUAUCGUAGACUCCGACGAUCUGCCCCUGAAUGUGAGUCGUGAAACUCUACAGCAACACAAACUCAUCAAAAUAAUCAAAAAGAAGCUCGUGCGUAAAGCUUUGGAUAUGCUCAAAAAGAUCCCUGAUGAUGAAUAUGAACACUUCUGGAAAGAAUACUCCACCAACAUCAAGCUGGGAGUGAUGGAGGACCCGAGCAACCGGUCCCGGCUGGCCAAGCUGCUGCGCUUCCACUCGUCGCGUUCGCAAGACAUGACCUUCCUGGCGGACUACGUGGCGCGCAUGAAGCCCUCCCAGUCCCACAUCUACUACAUCGCGGGCUCCAGCCGUGCAGAGGUGGAGAAGUCUCCGUUCGCGGAGCGGCUGGUGCGCGCCGGCUACGAGGUGCUGUACCUGACGGAGGCCGUGGACGAGUACUGCCUGUCCUCGCUGCCGGAGUACGAGGGCAAGAAGUUCCAGAACAUUGCUAAGGAAAUCUUCGAUGUCGAAGAGAGCGAGGCGCAGAAGGAGCGGCUGGAGGAGCAGAAGAAGCAGUUCGAGCCACUAACGCGCUGGCUGGGUGACAAACUGGGCGCCUGGGUCACGCGCGCCACCGUGUCCCGCAGGCUGUCCCGCUCGCCCGCCGCGCUCGUGGCCACCGUGUUCGGCUGGACCGGCAACAUGGAGCGCCUGGCGCUCUCCAACGCGCACCAGAAGGUACCGCCGCCGACACACGCACCACACCUACGUGCCAUACCUCACCACCACGCUACACUCCCACGCCUGGCGCUCUCCAACGCCACCAGAAGGUACCGCCGCCGACACACGCACCACACCUACGUGCCAUACCUCACCACCACGCUACACUCCCACGCCUGGCGCUCUCCAACGCCACCAGAAGGUACCGCCGCCGACACACGCACCACACCUACGUGCAAUACCUCACCACCACGCUACACUCCCAUGCCUGGCGCUCUCCAACACCACCAGAAGGUACCGCCGCCGACACACGCACCACACCUACGUGCCAUACCUCACCACCACGCUACACUCCCACGCCUGGCGCUCUCCAACGCCACCAGAAGGUACCGCCGCCGACACACGCACCACACCUACGUGCCAUACCUCACCACCACGCUACACUCCCACGCCUGGCGCUCUCCAACGCCACCAGAAGGUACCGCCGCCGACACACGCACCACACCUACGUGCAAUACCUCACCACCACGCUACACUCCCACGCCUGGCGCUCUCCAACACCACCAGAAGGUACCGCCGCCGACACACGCACCACACCUACGUGCCAUACCUCACCACCACGCUACAUUCCCACGCCUGGCGCUAUCCAACGCCACCAGAAGGUACCGCCGCCGACACACGCACCACACCUACGUGCCAUACCUCACCACCACGCUACACUCCCACGCCUGGCGCUCUCCAACGCCACCAGAAGGUACCGCCGCCGACACACGCACCACACCUACGUGCAAUACCUCACCACCACGCUACACUCCCACGCCUGGCGCUCUCCAACACCACCAGAAUGUACCGCCGCCGACACACGCACCACACCUACGUGCCAUACCUCACCACCACGCUACACUCCCACGCCUGGCGCUCUCCAACGCCACCAGAAGGUACCGCCGCCGACACACGCACCACACCUACGUGCCAUACCUCACCACCACGCUACACUCCCACGCCUGGCGCUCUCCAACGCCACCAGAAGGUACCGCCGCCGACACACGCACCACACCUACGUGCCAUACCUCACCACCACGCUACACUCCCACGCCUGGCGCUCUCCAACGCCACCAGAAGGUACCGCCGCCGACACACGCACCACACCUACGUGCCAUACCUCACCACCACGCUACACUCCCACGCCUGGCGCUCUCCAACGCCACCAGAAGGUACCGCCGCCGACACACGCACCACACCUACGUGCCAUACCUCACCACCACGCUACACUCCCACGCCUGGCGCUCUCCAACGCCACCAGAAGGUACCGCCGCCGACACACGCACCACACCUACGUGCCAUACCUCACCACCACGCUACACUCCCACGCCUGGCGCUCUCCAACGCCACCAGAAGGCGGACGACGCGGCGCGCAAGCAUCACCUUUCGCAGAAGAAGAUGCUGGAGAUCAACCCACGGCAUCCGAUCGUCCUGGAGCUGCUGCGGCGCGUGCAGGCGGACCCAGACGAGCCGCAGCUGCUGCGCGCCGCGCUCACGCUGCACCGCUCCGCAGCGCUGCGUUCCGGCUACAUGCUGCAGGAGGGGCAAGCUGUGGAGUUCGCGGAGACUGUGGAGGACAUGCUGCAGCAGGCGCUGGGCCUGCCGCCCGACGCGCGUCCCGACGAGGACGAGCUGGACGCCGACGCGGAGGCCGACGCUGAUGCCGAGGCCGAGGCCGACGCCGACGCCGAAGUGCCCGCCGACGACCACGACGAACUGUAG